UCUAAAAGUUUGAAACGUAAAACACUAAAAGAAAUAUGAGGUUUGUUCCCUUGAAAACUUACUAGAGCAGUUGGUGGAUGCAGGGAUUGACACACAAUGCCAAUUGAUUAGUCGAUUGAUUUGUCUAGUGUUAAUGCUGCUCGUUUCAAUAGCUACUACGAAAAGAACAUUUUCAACAAUGAAAUAUGUGAGAACUGAUUUGCUCAACAAAAUGAGCGAUGGAUUUCUUGCCGAUUGCUCAAGUAUUUUAUUUGAAACAGUGUAUACUAUUGGUAUUGAUGUAGGCUCCAUUAUUGAGGCAUCACUAAAUUAAAAUACCGUCGUGUACAAUUAACAUUGGAAAAAAUUAUAAUCAUUAUGUUUUUUUACUAUUCAAUUUUCUAAUGAAACUCGGCCCAGUACUCUUUUGUGUUCUGGAUCCGCCGCUGGAAGGCAGGAGGAUAUCACAGAGAUUGUUUUGGGAGGAAGGCUGGUUCCUGGUUGUUCUUCGAAUUUCGACAGUCAAUGGGAUGUACUGGUCGGAUGUUGUCGUCAGAGUUGAUAGAGAUGCUAUUAUCAAGCAGAAAGCAGCGCUGAAGCAGUCACUUGUUCGUGUAAUAGAAGCAAAGCUUCCUAAUUAUCCUCCUCCUACGCGAGCCGGAUCCACUCUGACGAUAGGGAGCCAACCUCCCCGAGUGGACGAUUCGAAGCGGGAGCUCUUCAAGAAAGUGAUCUCGUACAUGACGAUAGGGAUCGACGUCUCGUCCCUCUUCGGCGAGAUGGUGAUGUGCUCCACAACUCCGUGACGCCGGAUAUCGUGCUGAAGAAAAUGUGGUACCUCUACGUUGGCAAUUACCUCCUCCUCCACCACGAUCCCGAUCCAGGGAAGUCGGUGAAGCUCGUGACGAGCCGGAUCCACUCCUACACGAGGCUGUUCAUCAAUCAGGUGGUGGCUAAACAGUGGGAUAUUAGUAUUGGAAAUUAGAAGAAAUUACGGUUUUUUUAUUUAUUUUAAAUAAAAGUGAUAAUGAGGU